AGGUCUUCACACAAAGCUGAGGUCCUGACGAAGCAUCAAGAUGGCUGCAAGAGCUGGUCCUAGAGCAGAGGGAACGGAUGGAAGUGACUUUAAACACAGAGAAAAAGUUGCUUCUCACUAUCAAGAAAGUGUAACCAUCAAAGGGAAAUUACGGAAGAGCCUAGUUCCUCACAUGUUUCUUACGAUUCUUGCUUUUGGAAGGCUAGCAUCAGUUGCACUGGGGAGUACGUAUUUCAAACCAGCUGAAUUUUGGGAACUUUUAUGGAUCGUAAGUGGCCUUGCAGCAUAUAUUGGAUACAAUUCGUUAUCGAAAAAUCACGUCGUGCAGAUAUUGACAUAUAUCUUUGGGAACCUGUUAUUUGGAUUAGCAUCACUAGCAUAUGGCUCAUGGAAAAUUAUUGACAGAGCUCUACAAAUUUAUAAGCAAGGCUCGUCAUUUACUGAAUGGAAAGACGCUCCUAUGAAGAUAGCUCUCAUAGCAGUUUGUCUCCAAGUUCAAAUUUCUGGGUUGUAUAAUGCGGUUAGACUUUACAAAGCAUGGACUGGAAAAGGAAAGAAAGAAUGAUUUAUGUUAAAUGUUUAUCUUUCGAGUGAACUUGUUCUUUAACACGAAAGCACCAGCGCACGUUUGUUGCCAAAAGACAGGUAUUACCACAGUUCUAGUGAAAAAUACUUCCUCCUUCCUUCUAGCCUUGUUAGUUUAUGAAUGAACACACUAAACGUGCUUUUUUAUACUUAAAGUUAAGUAGCACUAGAAAGUAAGUAAGUAAGUAAGUAAAGCAGCGUUUCUAGAUUUAGUGAGCCCUAAUGAAUUUCUUAAUUCUUCAGCCUCUUAUAUCUUUUUUUUCUAUCUACAUUUUCAAUCUCUUAUUUUAACAAAGAAUCUUAUUUUCGAAAACAUUUCCUAAGAUUUUCAAUAGCGUAAGUAAAGAGCAAUCAAAGCCUUGGUUUUAAUUGAAUGCUUUAUUUUCCUAGUCUAGGCAGAUAUCCGACAGUUGGAAAUAUUACCAAAUCAUGUAGCUGUAAAUCUUGGCAUGUUUUUGUCAACACAGUAUAUUCCAUCUUGAACGUAUUAAUUUUUAAUCGCUUUAGGAAGGUUUUUGUUGUUGCGUAUUUGCAGCACGUCUCUAUGGCGCAUCUCAGGAGUAUGCUUAAUGCUUGUGUAUUAUAUUUCACUGGAAAUAUUAAUGCGAAGAAAGGCAUAGGCAAUCUCUUUAUGUUUAGAAAGUCGCAGCCAUGGCGUCGAUAUUAGCGUAGAAUUACUGGCUUAUUGGUGAUGCUUUCACAAGUAGAUAGUCAAUGAACAGCGUGACCACAAUUUCGGGACCUAAGUGUCAGAAUGCAACAAAGAAAUGAAUUUUAAUCCACAUUCAAUCAUGAGUGACGCCGAUUGAAAAUCUACGCAUUAUCUGGCAUUAGAGUGUAUUAAUUGCAGCAAUAGGUCAUCUUCUCAGGUAAUUCUUUCGAAAUCUCGAUAGUUAGCAAUUGUUUACGAACUUCUCUAUCACUGUUAUAUUCCAGGAGCGCAUAGUUUGAUUUACGUAAGCCACUCCAUAUUGAUUGAAGUGGUGUGUAUUUAACCGAUGUCUCUCGAGUAUUUUAUUGAUGAACACAAACAGUUCCUCAAAAAUGCUUUUUGCUAUGUAACAUACAAUGUACAAAGUAACCCAUGAGUUUAACAAGGUCAGGGUAAUCGAAGUACAUUUAUGCAUUAGCUAGUUGUUGAAUAUACAUAUUCCAUAUCGGGUUGAAAUAUUAGAUUCCGGAUCAGCAAAAAUUCAUUCAAAAGUCAACUAAU